AUGAACCACCCAAACUCACCCAGUAGCCCCCUCUCCCCAUCCUCUCCAACAAACCUCCUCCCCCAAAAUAUCGCAGACCUCCUCGCCAAAACAUCCCACCAACCCUCCAGCAAACACAUCCACCCACACUUCCACCUCGUCCUCCACCACCUCAGCCAAUGCCUCGAGCCCCUCGUCUCUGUCACCACCGCCCAACCGCACCCUGAUUUCCCAGAGACCCUCCUCGCCUACAACUGUCUCACCAUGGACCAAAUCGACAACCUCGCCCGCCACUUCCAUCAGGUCUACCCUCCCCUCCCCGUCUCAAAGAAGUACCCCUUCCCCAUCCGGCCUUGGAUUGGCACGCCUGAUGAGAAAUUGGUCGAUCUUGAGACGAGACGGAGGCGAUUUGGGAAGUUUAUUGGCUUGCAGGGUUGUGAGUCGCCUGUGCGGGAACGGGUUGGAUGGGAGGUGGAGUGGGAUAUGUGGAGGGAGGAAGUGGAGAUGGAUGUGGAGAUGGAUGAUGAGGUUGAUAUUAUUGUUGAUGGGGGAGGAGAGGGGGAUGAGAUAGAUGUAGAGAUGGAGAUGAGGGAAUCAGAAAAGGAAAUGCUGGAGCGGAUGGAGAGGGAGUGGCAGGAGGGUCUUGGGCGAGAAUAUGAGACGCAGGGCCAUUUGUGGAAUUUGAAGUGA